UACACGGCACUACAACGAGCGGCGUGUGAGGGCCACAUCGAUAUCGUCCGUCAACUUAUUAAACACAAUGCGAACGUCGACCAUCAGGAUGACCAGCACGGAAACACGGCACUACACGAGGCGGCGUGGAAGGGCUACAGUCAAACGGCAGAGGCGCUGGUGCGGGCUAAGGCCAACGUGUACAUCAAAAACAAGGGAGGAUUCGCCCCCCUUCACCUCGCCUGCCAGAAUGGACACAAUCAAACCUGCCGCGUCCUCCUACUGGCUGGAUGCAAACCUGACAUCAAGAACAACUACGGGGACACGCCACUCCACACAGCUGCUCGCUACGGUCACGCUGGAGUCACCCGCAUCCUCCUCUCUGCCAGAACGCAUGUGGGCGAGAUGAACAAGAAUGGCGACACAGCACUACACAUCGCGGCGGCCAUGGGCAGGAGAAAACUAACCAAGAUCCUGCUGGAGUCCGGUGCUGACCAGACCGUCAAGAAUAAGCAAAACGAGACACCCGGAGAUAUCGCCAGACGGAAAGAAUUCGGCCAAAUUCUAGAAAUACUGAAGAACCCCCCGCCAGUAGUGUCCCCAGAGGAGCGCCUACGACGAGAACAGGAACAGAAGAAGAGGGAGGCGAAGGAGGCCAAGAGUAAAGGGGCGACGGGAGGGAAGGGAGGAGGGGGGAAGGGGGAUAAGAAGAGAGGGAAGAAUGACAGUGGGACAUCAAGUAAAGACAGCAGUACGAGAGCCAAAGAAAAGAAGAAGCACAAGUCGGAGCACAAGGAGAAGCGUCGAGGGAAGCAGGUCCAAUGGUCUCCUUACGGGUGUCAGUACUACCCUCCCGCCCCCGUGCCGGAACUGGCCACCCCCAACAUUGACUCCCUGCCUAAGGAUCCACUCAACAAGGGUGAGCAGUAUUUCAUCGACCUCGCCGGGAAUAUAAAGAAAGGUCCCGUGGGUGUGGGGUACACCUGCUACUGCGCGCCCUUCUUCAAGAACGUCGAGGACAAGCUGGAGAAAGACAAGGUGGCGCUCAUGGAUCACAUCGAUGCCGCCCAUGACAAGCUGGACGCCAAGAUCACCAACCUGGAACACCGCACCAAGUCCCACAUUCAACACCUUAGCGAUAAUGUUAAACAGAAGCUGGCGGAGGAGAAGGAGGAGUGUCGGCAGCGAACGGAGAGGAACAAGACCACAAAGGAGAUGCAGGCGGAGGCGCGGAUGACACACUUGCAGCAGUGGGUGGAGCGGCGACUGGCAACACGAGACACUAUCAACCCCCCUGCCCUCGCCCCCAGGACCUGUGUGUUCAGAGGGUCUGUAAGAAGAGCGAGGGAUCCUCUUACUGGUCUCUUCCCCCUCACAAGAUCACGGUCGGAAGAAGCAGUGUCAGAGUACCGAGAAGAUGGCGAGAGUGACCGCGAGUCUGUGUACAAGGGCUUGAGAGUACUAGACCAUCCGACCUCUAUGUACAACAUUCCACAGAACCUUCACGACGAAGCUGACAUAGUCAUCUACGAUUCCCCCAAACCUAUUCCUUCUCUAGUGCCUGGCGCCCUUCGCUGUCCCUCGCCAACUGACCUUCCCUCCAGGAGCCUCUCUGCUGAAGGCCGAAGAAUGUUUGCUCAUAACUCCAGAGGGAAGCAAUUCCGCAGUCACUCACUAGAUGCUCGCCAGGUCUUAGACGAACACCGAAGUCCAUUAGAAGGGCAUAUAUCACCACAGAUGACCCAAGAAGAAACUCCAGCCAGGAGGUCUUCCAGUAGAGACAUGUUGAACGACUCGGCGUGCAGCGAUAUCUCAGGCGGUCGACGAGGAAGCCGAAGUAGCCGAGGAAUGAGUGGAUCUUCCGCUCAUGGCUCCCCUAUGGUGCCUCGCAUGAGCCGAUUCUCCCCUACCCAACCAUCUCCUCUGCUUCACUGCCCAGACAUUCCCUCACAACCCGAUGGUGCUGCUGCUGCUACUCCCUCCUGUAGACCUUCACCCCUGAACCACACAGACCUCAACCAGGCAGUCGAUAACCUAAGAGUCUCUCACGCUGAAAAUGGCGCCAUACCAAAGACAUACGGACGUUUUGACGACUCCCAUCACAAUGGAAAUCAAGAUAAUGUGAGCCAGGUGCAUCAGUCACAGGGAUGGAGUGGCUACAGCCGCUACGACUACCGGAACACUAACCCCUACAUGCACGGAGACCUACGGGGCCGGAACCCUCUGGCUCACCCACCCCACAUAGCCAGUGCCCCGGCAGAACCCAAGAUCACUAAGCCGGGGUAUGAGACUUAUACUCAUUACCCGAAGUACCCGCCACCUCCUGAAGAAGGCCAGACAGCAGAAACCUACCAUGCCCACAUGACGACGGCACAAGAGGACUUUGAUGCAGCAACUUACCUUGACAUGGACAGAGCUCCCCGUCGCAGGUACAGGAUCCAGCAGGCAGUGAGGCGUCUUUACGAUGGCUACUUGGCGGAGGGGCACCUGGAGGCCAUGAGGGGGGUGGGUAGGAACACCCUGGAGUCCUCGAUGGAACACGACUCUCACAACGACUCUGGUUACUCCACCAGACUCUGUACUGGCUCGCAGGGUCCUUCACCAGCACUCUCAGGUGGCCACGAAGUACAGUCAGACAGCGAGUUGAAGCACCACCUGGCAGCAGCACAUGCAGCAGACCCCAGCAGACACCAUCCCCCUUACGGUGACUCACACCAGAAGCAGGAUGAUCCCAGCAGACAGCAGCAGCAGGAACAUCAACAUCAACAUCAACAUCAACAUCAUCAGCAGCCAGGGAGGGAGAUGAUCUACCCCGCAGCUCCAGGUCCCCGCUACAACAACGGGCUCCCCCCAACAGCAGCCGCAGCAGCCCAGCUCGCCAACAACAAUCCCAGGUUCUCCACUCCCCACCUGGGCACUGAUACCGUCAUCAUUGGGGAGUCCUCGCUCGUCUGAUGCUUCUCGCAGUCAACCACAAUUUGAUAAACUAUUUUGUUAUAUGCUAAUCUCGUAAGAUAUAAAUGCUGAUAUGACCAAUGCGAUACAGUACUGUACAUCCUUCAUAUUUAUACAGCAUAAACGAUCCACAAACAGAACUGAUUUAUGAAAAUUUGACAUAGAAAUUAAAGGGAGCGACGGAAGACCAUGAAUAUUUUCGUAUUCUAGAAGUUCCUCUCAAACAGGGCUAAUAGUGAAUAAACUAGUUCUAGUAAGACAAAAACUGCCAUUGAGUUAUUAUCUCUCGAGUGUCCCCUUUUAACUAUAUAUUGUUGUCAGGAAUUAUAAUGAUCAGUUUGAACAAUACAGCUACAUAUUUACCAAAGGUAGAGGAUUCACAGUGGGUGUUGUGUGGUGACGACAGAACACUGGAACAGAGAAGCUCCCACUGGUGUAGUAAUGUGUGUGUGUAGGUGGACUACAGUGUAUAGUGUAUAUAAGAAUUCAUAUAUCUUAUACAAAACAACCUUGUAAUCUAACUGAAGAAUAACUGUGUAUUUUGUACAUUUGAAAUUUUUUUUUUAUUGAGAGGCUUAAAUCAUUAUGAUGUUUAAACAUAAGGAAUAUUAUGUACCUGACAUAAUUAUUGUGACUGCCCAGAUGUAAAUUCUCUAUAAUUACAUAGGAUACAAUAUAUUAAUCCUGUACAUGUUAACACUAUCAUUUGUUAUUGGUACAAAUAUCUCCCAUCUUGAAUACUCAAUUAUGAAUACCAGAAGCCCUUGUUGACACCACAUCUUGAAGACUGGCUGUGUAAUAUUGUACUAGGGAAUAUUUUAGAUUAUAAAUUGCUCUUAGAAGGUAAAUUACCCAGUGAUUUUUGUACAUGUAGUCUUCAUGGAUAUUAUUUUUUGCGUAUACAUUACUAAAAGUUAUAACUGGUCUUUGAUGGUGAAUGUGAUAUAAUGAAAUGAAAAGCACCUUUAUAUAUGGUAUGUAAGAUAAUGUUGAUGCAUAUAUGAGUGUACGAUUGUCAUAGGAUAUAUUUCUUUGUUUUUAAUGAUUCUGUUGGUAAGGAUGGCUGUGUGUGUGUGUAUCACUGAACCUUCUUCAAGCCAAAUAAUCACCUUUUCCUGAAGUCUAGUCGAUGUCUACUGUAGAAGCAUGUUUGACCUUUCUUGUCGAAGAGUUGGUUUAUAUUCACAACUAAAUGGAGUGGAGAACCUAAACCUAAACCUAACCAUAUGUUAACCCCUUCACUACGAGAAUCCCACUCUUAAUAUUUUAUUUGGCUAACCCCAGGUGAUUUUAUUCAGCUCAGACUGUCUUCACUAAAAGAAACAAUUAUUACCACAUAAGACAUAAAAAUUAUUACCGUACACACUGUAUCAAUUUGUCUUAAAUGCUCUAAUUACUAACUUAAACGGAGUUACAUAGUGAGUGGUUUAACAUGAAACAGACGGGCUAUAGGCAGUCAUAACUACUGCAGUAUUGAAACAUAUAUGAACGGUAAUACCUAUACGACAUUUUUUUAAUUAGAAUAUAGAUUACAUUCUGCCCUUUACAGUAGUUCUGCAUUACUUACUAAACGAAUUGCAUCUAACCCACACAAAAUUUCUGAUUGUAAUACAGUUGCCUUUAACUAUUCUGUAUCCACUAGUAAGAAUAACUAACCGUACUAAUUAUUACGAUCAAAAUGUUAUGAUUAACUGGUACAAACACCCCCAGCUGCUAAGGUCUACCCAUUCAUUACUCAGAUCAUGUUAACUUCUCUUGCAUCUUGCUGUGUGCUGCUCAACCCAACCACCCGUGUAAAUAAUGUUACCUCAUGCUGAGUGGUCGAGGUUCGUUUAGGCUUUACGGUACACAUUUAAUCUACCAAAUAAAUUAUUCGUAUAAGCAAAUCAAAAAUAUUAACCAAUGCCGAAAUAUAGUCCUUUAUUGUUUAUAUAUUAUAGUGAAAAUAUAAAGAUGUACUGUGUAGUCUAAGAUGUUAUACUGUGUCGUUUUGAUGAAUUAAAAGGUGAAUGUCCCAAGUGAACUGUUCCUCAGUCAGUGAGAGUCCAGUAUUCAGGAGGCAGUGUAAUUAAGUGGUCACAAGUUGUUAAGCAAGUGUCUGGAACCGGAUUAUUAAAGGUUCGUGGAUAAGAUUAUUUAAUUUUAACAUUAGACAAGAACAUGUGUAUUAAUGUUUUACACUCGUAGUUCCGUGUAUUUGAGAUUAUUUUGUUAACAAUUGCGACGUUUCCUAUUGACAAUCAGAUAUUUUCAGAAGUUUACAUUCGUUUUGUGUUGGAUCAUUGUUUUCGCUCAUAAAUUCAACCAUAUUUAGAAUACUGUACAGUUCAUGAUUAUGGUAAUGAAGAUAAUAAUCGCGGUCGACUUUAGCUAAAAUGCUGUGAAGUAUUAGAUCAAGCUAUUUAUUUAGUAAUGUCUGCAAACAGCACUACCACCAGAAGGAUUUGUUCCAUUUCGUUCAUUUUCCACAUGUUCUAAUCAUUUUAGGAGGUAUUUUAAUAGAGGCAACAUUUACAAGAAACUAAUAUAACCGAUAAAAUUAUCCUUUCGGUCAUCCACCUAUUUGGAAGUUGAAGUGAUGUUUUACCAAUGGUUUUUAUGUGUUUUAAACGAUUCUGACCUUAAUUUCAACCGCAAAUCACUACUUUCCUGGGAACUAGGGGCUUUGGCUGGGGGGAAAUCACAAAAAAAGUGAAUUUUACGAUAGAAAUGAAGGCCAGAAUCGUUCAAAACACAUAAAAACCAUUGGUAAAACAUCACUUCAACUUCCAAAUAGGUGGAUGACCGAAACGAUAAUAAUACCCUGUAAACCGGACCUAACCAACCAACCUUGCCUAACUUCCUAGCCGGGGACCUGUCAUAUUAGAUAUAAAGUACCAGGGGCUGAUCCUUGGGGCUCGGACCCUCCUCUUCAUCAGAAAAUUACAACACUCAUUAAUGUAUUGUACUCAGGCAUUUUUUGUAUAGUAAAAAGUAAUUUAUUUUGGCAUCAGAAUAUCUCCUCUAAUAUCAAGUGCACAUGGCUUCAAAAUGGUCUCAAAAUGCCGAUGAUAUUGGUCAGAUUUAAACAAAAAAAAACUGAGAACAUUGAAUUAGUGGUAAUGUUAGUUAAAAUCGAAUUUCUCAGUAAGGACGCACUUCUUCUUAAUGAGUAAAUAGGUUUGUGAAUUUAUUGAAACAUACGAAACAAUUUUGACCAUUGAGAGAUGAUAAGUGAGUGAUAGAGCUAUGACUCCUAUGCCAUCGUUGUUGGGGAAAGGCAGAUUAGUGUACUGUACAAUGACCCACAGACAGGAAAGGUUGAGCUGUGCCCGGCUAAAGAAUAUACUGUACAUUUAGUUGUUUCUUCCCUGCUUAACUAACAGCAGGUUGUAAGCUAACACUAGACUCUUUACUAAUCGUCCAACAUUCUAACACCCACUCAGUGAUAAUAGGUUUAUGAUAAACUUCAAACUAUUGUUCACCUCAAUCGUAUUAUAUGACAUACUGUAUAUCCCAGAGGAGUUUAAUGAGUUGUUUUUAUACUGAAAAUGAAUCUUUUUUUUGGUGAAUUAUAAUCUGCUUUGUGGUAAAUAACUUGUUCUUAUAUCGCCGCUUGGAUAAUUUAGAACCUUUUUUUUCUGGAAUUAUGUUUUUAUUUCCAAUUUACCGAUCUUGGAACUACCGUAACUACCUAUACACCUUCAAAGCUCCGGAAAUUAAAGUAAGCAUUUCACUCUCACUGGACUGUGUCUGAUUUUAUGGAAUACUAACCACCGAGAACUGCCAAACUUGAAUAUAUUGUACUGUAUAUAUCACUCAGUGGUCCGUUCUUAAUAAAAUCAGACCGGCUCAAUGAUUUUACUGUCUCCAGAGUGAUAAUGACCGUCAUAAAGAACAAAAAAGUUAUUCUAUACAUACACAUCAGUAGGUUCCAGGCAAACAAGUAAAAUACACAUUUUAGUGAAAAAAUUGUGAUGCUAAACAAAUUUUCAACGUGGUGAUAAUAUAGACAUUAACUUCAUUGCAGUACGAAUGUUGAAAUUAUGUAUUGUAUAAUCGUCAUGUAUUCGGUAAGCAUUUAUCAUUAUUGGCUAACCCGGCCAUAAUGACCCAGGCGUUGACGGCCAGUAAAUCAAAAGUAGAAAGAGCAUUCUUGUAAUCAUGCAUAACCAAACAUACUAUUUGGUUUGGUGGUUAGAACCAUAAACGCUUACAUUAUAAUUAUGUUCUUCUCUGUAUUGCCAACUACCAGCUUACCACAAAUAAUGACUUGUUUAAAGGUUCAUCCUUCAUUGUCAACAGAUAUGCUAAAAUAUAUAAACAUUCUCUUUAAUACGCCAUAUACAGUAUUCAUUAAGCACUGCUCAAUUGAAAACAGAUUUUUAUAAGAAAGAAUGAGAAUAGACCUAUAACUAAGGUAUUUUGAAACUAUGAUAUUCGGUGAUACGACUUGAAUCUUUUGGUAACUUUAGUAUUGUAACCAAACGUGUGUGUGUGUGUGUGUGCGCGCGUGUGUGUGUGUGUGUGUGUGUGUUCAAGGGCUUCCCUGCUAUUCUCUGUAUUAUUACUGGUCUACAUCCACACACUGUUUAUUUGUAAAUAGCAUGUAAUAUCAAAUAAAUGCUUUACUGCUUGA